AUGGCAAGUUUAACAGUUUUGUUGCGUCAUUCUGGCAAGUGGAACGAUGAGGGCAAUUACAUCGAUUUUUCAAUUGAGGGAAUACUAAUAAAGGAGUAUGCCUCCUUUAAUGAUCUGGUUGCUUCAAUUUCUAAUCAACUGGGCGUAGAUUUGAGCUCAAAGACCAUUAAAAUACAAUACAAAGUAGAAGGAAAUUGCACGCCAAUGGAAAUACACAAUGAUAUGGGUUAUAGAGUGUAUGUAGAAUUGAAAAAAGAGAACAGAGAAUUUGGGAUGUAUCCGUUGUGCAUAACAACUAUCGAAAAAGAUCUUAUAUCCGGAGGUAGUUUGAAUCAAGGAGACAUUGUGCAAAUAGACGAAGCAGUUCAAAGGUACGAUUCCGAUAUAGAUGAUACAAUGGCUCUAGAUUUUGUCAAUUCAGGAGAAGCGAUUGGAGUGUUCGAACUCCACAAGGAUUUGAUAAUUUCAAAAACUAAUCAAAAGGAGGUUAUGGCUGGACAAGUUUAUAAGGAUAAGGCUACAUUGAAAGAGGUGAUGGAGAAUUAUGCUAUAGCUCAAAGGUUUCAAUUCCGGGUUGAUAGGUCUAAUGCUGUCAGCUAUGCAUUAUUAUGUAUUUCAGAAGAUUGUGAAUGGAGGUUUAAGGCUUCAAGCAUUAACAAAUCAGAACUAUUCAAGGUGAGAGAAUUCAAUGAUAACCAUAUAUGUCCGCUGAAGGACAAGGUGUACGAGCAGCGGCAGGUUAGUAGCAGCCUUAUAGGUGGAAUUAUAAGGCCAAAGCUUACAAACCAUAAGAGGAAAUACACUUUGAGGGAUAUUAUUGAUGAUGUGAAAUCAGAUUUAGGUGUAGAUGUUAGCUACAUGUUGGCUUCGAGGGCUAAAGAAAAGGCAAUGAAUUUUCUGAGAGGCGAAUCGGCUGAUUCGUACAAAAAAUUACCAGGAUACUUAUAUACAAUGGAUAUGACAUAUCCAGGUUCCCACAUCAGAAUGGUAAAAUCGCCAAAAAAUGAAUUCAUGUACGUGUAUAUAUCAUUGUAUGCCUUUAUAAAGGGGUUUGAUCAUUGUAGACCAAUUGUUGUUGUGGAUGGAAGUCACCUAAAAUCUUACUACACCGGGACAUUCGUUUCGGCAAGCACGUUGGAUGGUGCAGGUGAGUAUCUGAAUAAUAAUACAAUCUGUUAA